AUGGAUCGAUAUUCUUCUCGUACGAAGGCCAUUCGUGCACGUGCAUUCAAAGAAUCAUCUGGUGACAUACAACAUCACUUUGUCACUACUACACCACCAUCCGAUGUUGACUCGUCUUAUGAUCAAGAAUAUCAAACUUUGUUCAAGAAUAAAGGAAUGAGAAAAGCCGAGCAAGUUCUUCAAUUUGUUGAUGCUGAAUAUCGGCUAUGGCAAUCAAGAUCGACAUUACAAUCCAGCAGUGACGAAGAUUGGACGUCCUUGCGCAGCUCAACGGCUGUAGUGUCCAUUGGAGGAGCUGAUGGAUCUGAACUGCUUGCACUUUUGAAGGCUUUGAGUUCUUGUCACGGUAUUCUCGUAGAAGUCAGUUCAAGUGCAGCUGCUCAGGCUCGUGCUAACGGAAUUGCCCAUGUGAUUGAGGCUGACGUUAUGGAUGCCGCACGGGAAGUCAUAUUGACGCUAAUCAAGUUGCAACAACAAGGCAAAAUCUCAAGUGUUCUGUUCAGCUGCCAAUCAGUACUGCACGAACUACCUACCCGUUCAUCAAAAUUUACCGAAGAAGAAUUUCUGAAUGCCUACUUGACGCCACUGAUAGCAUCAGGCUUUCGGACGAUGUUUUAUGCUCGGGAGCCAUGUCCACCACUUAACUGGUCGUGCGAAACUGAUUUGAUUGCUAUUCGUUUGUUCAACCUACAUAAAAAUGACGUGAAAGACGUGUCUUAUCAUAUUGCCAACAAACUUAAUAUUCAACGAUUGGAUGAUCUAAGAAGUAACUUAACUGACAGCGAAUUUCCUAGUAACAUAUUAGCCACUGAUCAUAACGACGAGAAUGGACGGGUAGUUUUGUCAGUGACUUUGGGCCAAGAAGUUCUAUUCAAACUGCUCUAUUGGAAAAAUAUAAUCCACUUUGAAUAUGAGAUGGGAGAGCAAUUGACUUCUUUUCAACCUGAAAUUUGGUCUUUGUUGCUGAAGAAGAUUGGCAUGUACACCAAAAUAUCGUAUCUUACCACGGAAAAUUUCGGUAACCUGUACGAUUGCGAAGAAACCUUACUUGGAGAACCAAUUGCCGUGAAUGUCCGUAAUGGUAAUGCUUUACCAAUGCCCAAGUGUUUCGCGCAAAUAUUUUCAUCCAAUGUUAGUGUUGAUAAUACAUGA